AUAUUUCCUCUAUUGAUUCUAAAGGUUGUCGAUGUCUUCUAAUGAGUGUUAAUGUGGAGCUGGAGCGCUGAGGGGCGGGUCAGCAUGAGUCUGUGUUGACUUCUAAUGCUGCUCAUAUUCUACUAUUACAUCUGGAGUUUAUAGAUAUCAACAUACCAUUACACGUCGUUAUGACUUAUGAAUCACUGGGCCGCCCGGUGUUUACUUCGUGUCGGGUCGUCAUGCACCAUUCUGGUCCAAAGAGCAAUGAGCUGGGGGUCCUGCCGGCGAUGGAUCAGUUCUCCGGCCUCGUCAGCCUUCCUGAGAUCAUCUUUGACUUCAGUCAUCCAAGUUCCUCUGGUCAUCAGAGAGGACCACCGUCCAACAGAAGCUGGGAGAGACGAUGUCUCCGGAAGCACAGGAAGAGAAAUGAUGAUAAUGAGUACGUGGCCAAGAGGAGGAAGUUGGUGGAGGAGGGAGCGGCCCUCUCAGAAAGCUCCAGCCCAGCGGAUAUCUGCUCCGGCUGGACCCCAGCGAGCAGCUGCCCUUCUCUGUCAGCGCCAGCAGCCAGUCCCCCUCCUCCCCUCCAGGAGGGGGUCUUUCCCCAGAACCCCCCAGCCCCGGGCCGUCUGGAGGCGGAGGGCUCCUGUAUGGAGGUGGACGCAGCACAGAGGAGGCUCAGAGAGAUCGAGGACAGAAUAACGCUGGAGGAUGACGAUGACGACGAAGACUUGGACGUGGAGCCGUUUCCUAGACGUCCGGUGCUGGUGAUGUCAGAGAGUUUGAGGCAGGGCCUCCAACGGGGAAUGAGUGACAUCCUGCCGCACAAGGUGGCCCAGUCUGUGAACCAUUCCUGCAUGGAGCUGGUGUUGUGGCGCCCGCCGGACGACGCACUGUCCCGGAGGCUGAAGGACUCCCUGCAGAGGCAGCAGCGCAAGAAUCAGACGGCCAGCCGACAGCCCCCGCCCCCCUGCCCUUCUCCUGGUCCCCCCAGCGCCCCUCCCGUGGUCCGCCCAGCUCCCGCAGCCCCCUACCGCCCUCCGUACAGUUUCCCCGAGGCAGACCCCUCUGGAGAAGAGGACAUGGAGCUGUGACCCUCCCCCGGGAAGCCGUUCCGGGCGAGGGCAGGAAAGACUGCAGAACCACAGCCGACCCUUAGAACUCCUGAACUCCUUACUGUCCAGCAAUGACCCUGAAAGGCGUCUCAGUUUGGUGUUCCUGGUCCAGCCGCCCGUGAAGCAGGUCACUUUGUGGCCGUGUUUCGCUCUUUGAUGUCUGCUCUUAUGAAAUCGCUUCAGAGACGUCUCAAAACUCUAGAAACCUUCGCGGAACCGAUUUCCUUUGUUUCACAGUCUAGUGGGCUCAGUCGAUGCACUUUGAUACAGCUUCAAAUACUCGUUUUGCCAAAGCCUAGACAGCCUAGCACACUUAAAUACUAGCUUGGAUGUUCAAUCCUUUCGAUCUUUGACUUAAUCUGUUUGUGAUCAGCCUUUGAGCGUAUCCACAUAGUUGGUAGUUCCUCUCCCCUUUCGCUGGAGCAUGGCCGCCUGAGUUGUGUGUUGGAGAUGUCAUGUGAAAGUGUUCUAGAGUUUGAGGAUUGAAUGAGCGUCUUUCACCCAGCCUCCACCGAUUUGAUGACAUUGCGUUUUGGAAAGUGUUUUAUGAUUUGAAUGUAUACUUUUAUGUAUUUGGCAUAAACCCUGGUUAAGGGUAAUAACCAGUCAUUGAGUGUCACUUUAUAUACAUGUUUCAAUUUAAAUAAAAUCGGUUAUAUUAUUUAUUAUUAAA